AUGGAUCCAUCGAAGUCUUUGUUUGCUCUCACAUUUAUACUGGUUAUUGUUGUCUCACAUUCUUUUGAAGUACCAACUUCGCAGGAGAUCAAUCAUGAACUUUUGGCAAACAAUCAAAAUGAAAAAAGUGUUAAACCCUCAAAGAACGAGGAAUUUAAUGAAUCUUAUUAUACUGUAGAUAACCUCCCCAAAAAAUACAAAGUUCUGUUAUCAAAGAGUAAAUCGAAUGAUUUCCACAACUGGUUUGAUAAUAAAAAUCCAAGAAACAAGGUUGUUAAAAUAAUCUACAGGAAAAGAACGAAAGGAUCACUAAAUCGGAGCAAUAAUAAAGAUUCCAAAAAUAUGUUCGAUUGGUUACAUUCUAAUAACUAUGUGAAUGAUAUUGAAAGUGGACAUUCGUUUUAUUCGACAGGAAAUCAUAAAUCAUCGUCUCGUCAUCAUAAACAAUAUGAGAAUAGUGUAAUCAAAUCUAAAGUGCAUAAACCUAGAAGGCUACAUAAUAAUCACGGGAGCAACACAAUAAUACGCAACGUGAAAUAUGUAACAAAUGUUCACCGUCACGACAGAGAUGGAGUUCCAGAUUCAUCUGAUGUCAUUUUCGAAGAGCACCAUUUGCCAAAACUCAAGAAUUUAAAAAUAGAUUGGGCUAAUUAUGAUGUAAAGAGAGUGUCGCACAAUCAGCCGAAAGUAUUAAAAUCAAUAAAAAUUGUUAACAACGAUUACAUGGAUGGGGUCUCUAAAAACCAUAAAGAAUUUGAUCUGAAUAAUAUUACCUCCGAAGAUAUGGAAGAUGUUGAUUCCGAAGAAGAACACAAGGAAAACAGUACAGAGGUAAUUCCACCUGAAAAUGUAACGGAUAAAGAGAAUAGUCAUGAAUACAUGUCUCCUGAAGACGUCCAUGAUGAAGGGUUUAAUUCUCAAACGAUCUCUCAUAAAAAAGUUCCAUCAUUAUAUGUUGUAAAUGAAGAUGUUACUGAUGAAAAUUUUGUUAAUGAAGAUGCUACUGAUAAUGAAAAUUCUGUAAAUGAAGAUGGUACUUCUAACACAGAUGUUCCUCUUAGAAAUGGUAUUCCUAAUAACAUUAUUGUAACAACUGAACCUAAAGACAUGCCUAACGAAGACAUCACUACUGAAGAUGUAACUUCAGAAAAUGUAACUUCAGAAAAUGUAACUUCAAAAAAUGUAACUUCAGAAGAUGUAACUUCAGAAAAUGUAACUUCAGAAAAUGAUAAUUUUAGAGAAGUGCCUGAUCAUGAUGUUACUUCUGAAGACAUUUCUGUUGAAAAUGAUUUCAAUAAACCGCCAUUUGAAUCGGUCAAUAAUGUAGUUUCUAAAGAAGACACUUCUAAUACUACUGAUUUAGAUGUAUCACCUGAACAUGUAUCAUCUGAAAAAAAAGCUACUGACAUUGUUUCCAAAGAGCUUAUUACUGAUGAUAACAUUUCUGGAGAUGUUUGGUCUGAAGACGGUGUAAAUAACAAAAUUACAUCAGAAGACGGACGAGACGGGAAUCCGUUUAAUAAUGUUAUCGGAAAUGACAAUAAUGAAGACAUUGUCUCUGAUAUAUCCCCUCAAGCUUCAAAUAAUGUGGAUGACAGUUCUGAAGUAGGCCGUAGUAGUGCAUUCAAGGUUAAACCAACGAAAACCCUAAUGAUGAAUAAAGAAAUUUUUUCAGAUAUGCCGUUUGAAAACGUAAUUAACGUUUUGCAAACUAAACCAAAAUCCAAAUACUUGAAACAAGGCAGUGAAUUUGAGAAAAGCGUGAAUAAUUAUUGGGUGACAUCAGUAAACAAUGUAAACCACAAACCUAGAAAAGUGUCAAGCCCUGGAUCAGAGGUGCCUUUUAACUAUAAUCCAUCAGAAUUAGUGAUCUUUCAAAAAAUGUUGACCGAAAUUUGUAAUAAAGCAAAGAAAUUACUAGGAAGCAAACCAACUGCCGCGGUAAUUAAUAGAUUGAAACUGAUUCUGAAAGAAUUGAAUGUACUUAAUCAGUUUUUAGAUAAACACACUUAUAUAAGGAUCGAUGAUAAAUCCCUACCAAUCAAAAUAAAGGAAUUUAUUAAAGACAAAACAAGAGGUAAGGAUGAUUUUUACUCCGACCGAGAUGAGUCUAGUGAUUACAAUGAUACUGAAUUUCCAGUAUUAGUACCCAUAAUUCACAAACUUAAUACCCGUUUAAUACCGGAUGAUAACAAACAGGAAAACCCGAUUGGUGAAAGUUACUCUGCAAUGAUAAACCAACUACUACGAGAUCUGAAGCAACUCAAACCACAAUAUUACGACCCAACAAUACAACCCCAGUUCGAGGAACUGGUUAAAUAUUUGCAGAACUUUUUACAGAACAGCCGUAAAAACUUGAAUCCGAAAGAAUUGCCUUACAUGAAAACGUAUCUAAUUCCAAUCGUUCGAGCUUUGCGUAACCAACUGGAAAAAGGUCCUAAGUCACCUAAACUAACGCUGAAAUGGAACAUCAGUCUGCUUUUAUCAUUUUUACACGAACGGAUGGAUAAUGAUUCACCUGAUACACAUUAUGACUGGAAUGGGAAAGAGUAUCAAAAUCCAGGGAAUGAAACUUUUGGUAAAAAUUUAUAUGACGUCUUAAACAGUAGGGAAAGAGGUUCUGCUGAUGACCCAGUGUUUUUUCUAGUACAGUGGCUUUCCAAAAAUGAUGACAACGACAAUAUGAAAUGGGACAUCGACGAAAGCACAGAGGGUGCACGUUUAGGUCUACCGAUAGUCAAUAAUGUGACGCAAGAUCCGAAAUGCCCUUACGCUGGUACACUGCUGCAACUGCUAGCUACGCUUCUGGAGUUUCUCCAUCACUCGGUAGAAACUGACAAGGUGAACAAAGUUGUAGCGAUAAUGAAGAAUUAUUUACAAAACGUUCCUCUGCGUGAUGACAAAUAUGAACUAUACAGGAAUCUGAAAUACAUUGAAGACAAUCUACACAGCAAAAGUCCUUUGCACGAUUAUUUGACAACAGGACUGCCCAACGUCAAUACGAAAACAAGUAUUGUAUUCAAGAAUGAAGUCCCGAACCUGAGACAGCCGGGAUGCAAAAAUGAGUUUUCCAGAUUGCUGCAAAGAGCUUACAAUGACUAUGCAGAACUUGCCAAGUUUCCGAAUUGCCAGCAAAGCACAUUCACCUCAAACAAUGCCUUUACUUUCCCUGAUGCAAAUCAGAAUUACGCAUUUGAUAUAAACUACAGCAAUUCGCCUGACUUCUCUUACAAUGGCAAUGAUAAUCAUAAUUUCAAUAUUGUGCCACCUGCUUUCAAUACUCCAUUCUACAACAUACCAAAUAAAAAUCCUGAAAUUCUUAACAAUUUGCCUAAAACAAAUAACGACCCCUUAAAUGUAUUAAAUGGGGUACCACAAAACAAACCUUUGGAUGUGUUGUCCGUCAUCAAGAAUAAUCCUUCGCAAUAUGGAAUAAUAAUCAAACAAUAUCUCAAGGAUCACCCUGAAGCAAUCGCUGAGUUGCUUAAACCUCCAAACUAUUUCAGUGGCUAUCCGACUGUUGAAUCAAAUCAGAAUCCUUCAGGACAUAACCCCACUGCAGAUUUAAAAGAUUUCAACUUACAAAACCAUCUUCCUGAUGGUUUUCUCUCUCCAUUGCCUUCUUUCAAUGUUAAUAUCAAUAACAUCACCACAUCAUCAAACAUACCUCAGUUCGAUGGUCUAAAUGUAUUACCGCCAGUAGGAAAUAACCAAAUAAACACGCCAAAUAACAACGUCGACUAUAGCGUACUACUUACUCAAUUAGGUUUACUAUACAAACCAGAAAGUAAUAACCGAAAUAAUAAUAAUCCACUGGAGAACAUAAUAAAUCAAUAUGACCCCAAAUUGAAUAAUCCCGGUAUAUUUUUAAAUAAUCCUAACAAUGUUGGAAAUGAUUUUACAGUGAAUAGCAAUCCAUUUAGUUCACCAAUAAAUAGUCUGAAUGGAAUACCGAAUCCAAUCAUUAGCGACAGUCAAAAUAAUAAAGAUGCGUUUAUAGAUAAGAAGAGGAUUCCCAUACAGUAUGAUAGAUUUACUGUGAGUCAUGAUAUGACACCUUUUAUAUUAGAAUAUAUCGCAUCUCUGAAGAAUCCGGCGAAUCCAAAUAGCUAUUUCGGAAAUCUUAAUAACAAUAACGGGGCUCAUGUCGUCGAUAACAAUAUGGUCUCGCCUGAUUUGUCACAACUGAAUGGCGUGACGCAUUUGGAAAAAUUGGAUAACAAGGCAGGCAUUGUCGAACUAACAUACGUCCUCAAGAGACCGAAACCACUCGUUUACCACCCAGUAUAUUACGUGAAGUAUAGUUUACCAUACACGAAAUUCGUGCAAAAUUAUAGAAACCUAGUUUUAAAUAAGCCGUUUUUAAGGAGUGAACCAGCAAGAAUUUACCAGGAGUUGAUAUCUUUGUCGAACAUCACCAAAGUUUCUCCAGCUUUAGAAGGGCACGAUAAAGAAGAAAUACUAAAGCUUAUGGCUAAAAAUGGUACGUUAGUAAAAGCGAAGCUUAUCGAUGACAAAAAUGAUGCUUUAAACGAGCAGUUAGAAAUUAUAAAGGAAUUGAACUCUAAUUCGACUCCAUUGGAUAUUCGUCGUCUGACUGAAGCAGCGCUAAAUCAAUCUGACUUAUUAUUGAAUGAUAGUCGAAAGAACAUCAGCAAUGUACCAUUUCCGGGUAGUGUAGCCGAUGUCAUAGCUAAUUAUAAGCCAACGUCUGUUAGUUUAAACCGUGAAGAUGACUUGUUGUACCCAAAACGCAACAAAGAUGGAGCUAUUGAGACUUUAGUUAAUCCGAACACAGAGACAGCUUUAACGGUGGAUGGUGAUGCUCGUACAAGCUUUGUUUACAACCGGUAUCACCAUUUGCCACUUGAGACUCAACGGCUGAAGCUACCUGUGUUCCAAUAUAGGAACCACAUACUUUAUUUGUUGGAGAAAUAUCAGACAUUGGUGUUGAUCGGUGAGACGGGAUGCGGAAAGUCAACGCAGGUGCCACAGGUAAGUGUAUCUUUUAAUUGUUUAUAG